AUGGGCUGCUUCAGAACCCUCUUCCCGUUCGGCAAAGGCGACGCCGCAAAGACUGCUUCUUCGGAGGCUGAGCAAUUCACCGACUCGCUGGCCCCCGGUCAGUCCGCUCAAGAGCCGCCUGCCGAUGCUCAGCAGGCCGUGGAAAUCGUUGAAACACACGAGGCAAUCCUCACCUCCGGAGGGCAUCCUGAAGAACAAGAGCUGGCCCACCGCUUCUGGCACUUGCAUCAUCAUCUUUGUCUAACGAAGUGCUGCAAGUGUUGCAGCUGCUGCGACAAUUGCUGUGACAGCGAUGGCUGCUGCGGUUGCUGCAAUUGCAAUCACCACUGUGGCUUGGGCAUCCUUUGUUGCCUGCCGUUCCUGGCCUGCAGAGCCAUUUGUCGCUGCUGCUGCUGCUGCUUUGAUCCGGUAACCGUGCAAGAGGCCACCAUUCUCGAAACGACGACGGCCGUGGCGACGGCCGAGCCGGCAACCGAGCCGGCGACCGAGCCAGUGAUUGAGCAAGGGAUCGAGCCGGUAAUCGAGACGGUGGUCGAACCAGUUACUGGGCUACUGCCUGCUGUCUCUUCUGCAUCCGAGACUGAGCCGCUCCUCACCAAGUCGUCCGUUGUGCGGACGAUCACGGCCUAA